CCGUCGAUAGUAGAGACUAGCAGUAUGGUUUGACACCGGGCACGCUUAACCUCCGUUAAUUAAUUGUUUAAACGCGGCUAGGCCAUAAAAGGAUGUUUGACUAUUUCCCAUUACUAAUUCAAUUGUUGGUGCAUCAAAGAAAUAAAACAAGCGACAAAACAACUGUUGAUUUCGCGAUAGUGGCCUUUAACUAAGUAAACAAUAUCAAAGAACCUGACUGACGGGCCCCUUUCUCUUGGGUACGGUACGGAAAAAAGGGCGCAACAAUUGAAGGCGAAGGCAGGCAGACGAGGACGGACGCUGCGAACAAAAGGCAAGGCAGGCAGACGGCAACAAGGAGAACGGAACACACAAACAAUUGAUUGCAGUAUCAGUAUAAGACUCCCCAGCAGAAGCAUAUCAGAAGCAAAAUGACGGACGAGUGCAUAACUAGGAACUUUAUUGCUCUCGGUUCCAAUGGAACCGGCGGCAAUCGCAGCAGCAUGGGCGAUAGUACAGAUGCCAAAGGCUGUGAGGGUAACGCUGGAAUUGGUGGUGCAACUGCUGCAGCGAGUAUUCCUACCCCCCCGACCAACAAGUAUGUAGCCCGAAUGCCCGUGGAGCGCUAUGCGAGUGAGUACAACAUGAAUCACAAGCACCGCGGCAAGGCCUUUAUAUUCAAUCAUGAGUUCUUCGAGAUACCCACGCUGAGGCCGCGCAUGGGCACCAAUGUGGACGCGGAGGAGCUGCGCAAGACAUUCAAGAGAUUGGGUUUCGAUGUGUCGGUGCACAAGGACUGCAAGUGGCAGAACAUACGCGAAAGCAUUGAGAAGGCCGCCGCACUGGAUCACACGGACAACGACUGCCUGGCCAUUGCCAUCUUGUCGCACGGCGAGCAUGGCUGCAUUUAUGCCAACGAUGUCCAGUACAAGCUGGACCAGAUUUGGCACUACUUCACUGCCCAGAUGUGCCCCACGCUGGCCGGCAAGCCGAAGCUGUUCUUCAUCCAGGCCUGCCAGGGCGAUCGCCUGGACGGGGGCGUGAUGCUCGAGAAGAGCGUGACUGAAACGGAUGGGGACUCGUCCAUGGGCUACAAAAUACCCGUCCAUGCUGACUUCCUCUUCUCAUACUCAACAAUACCCGGCUACUUUUCCUGGCGCAAUAUCAACAACGGCUCGUGGUACAUGCAGUCGCUCAUCCAGGAGCUGAAUAGCAAUGCCAAGAAAUACGACCUGCUCACGCUGCUCACUUUCGUUAGUCAGCGCGUCGCCAUAGACUUUGAGUCGAACGUGCCGGCUACCCCAAUGAUGGAUCGCCAGAAGCAGAUUCCGUGCUUCACCUCCAUGCUGACGCGCAUACUGCGCUUCGGCGACAAACCCAACGGCAAUAAGGCUGGCUGAAAUAUAACAUUGACACCCGCCCGCCCCGCCUAAUACGUUCAACGCGCAACCUAAUCCACCUCCCCUCCCCCCAACCCUUAAAUUGGUCACUUUGGAUUCCAUGCCACUUCAAGUUUAGUUCUAGGUUUUAGCUUUAUUGUUGACUAAAUUUUGAUCCCAAUCAACAUAUUCUCAUACACACACAUAUAUAGUAUAUAAUAAUCACUUGCCAAUCGGGAAAUCACAAAUAUUAUGUAAGACGGAUAUACAAUGAAGAUUUAUUCAAAUAUACACACGCAUAUAUAUUUGAUAUGCAUAGAAAUAAAUCACAAAUAUUAUACAAGAUGAUAUACAAUGAAGAUUUAUACGAAUAUACACUCGUAUGUAUACAUAGAAAUAAAAAUGAAUUCUG